AAUGAUUUAUGUUUCAAGCACCCUGCGUUUUUUACUAAGGAGCCAGUAAUCUAGUUUUUUUACGUGUGAACAAUACAUCUUCACGGUAAAAGUGGUCAUAACAAAUAGUCAUUGUCUCUAAGCGGUGUUCGGCAUGAUUUGGACCACAUCAAUCGUUCUGAUUCCUCCAUUGGAACCUUGAAAAACGGCACCAUUCCAACCUGGUGUUUCCUAAAACAAAUUGCACACUUUCUCAUUUUAUUACUUAUUUUUGAAAAAAAUACAAAAUUACAAAAUUUCAAUUUUUAAAUUUCAAAAUUUGAAUGUAUAAAAUACGUUGCGUCAUUUCAUUCUGUGCUGACACCUACAUGGACAUGGCGAAAAAGCAAUACAUCAGCGAUUUACUGAUAUCACCUUUAUUAAAUUCGCCUUAUAAGGAACCACAAUAACUUAAAAACUCAAAUUAAAAUUGCUGAUUUCUAGUGUUUAUUUAGUUCAAUAAUAUUGUGUGCCAAAGAUCGCAAUAUUAUUGCAUUGCUCAGCGGUUGAACCAGCAACAGGAAACGUAACCAAGCCAAACAAUAAUUCACUGCGCACACCAACCCCUUUGUUUAUAUAUCAACAGUGCUUUAUGCCAGGCAUUAAUUUUGGGUUGUCAAAGGCACUCAAAACAAUUCGGUCAAAAAGGAGAAAAAUUAACGUGCUGUCAAUAAAACACGUAUGGGAGUAAGAAGUCAGUCUAAAACGAGAAAUAUCCACAAUUAUAGAUUUGCGAAUGUAUUUACUUUGGUAGUCGGCUGUAAGACACCAAUUCGUGAGCAACGCUUGGUAGCAGCCCCAUUGCAAAAUAGCUAACAACAAUUACUUAGUAUUUCUGGCAAUCAAGAUGCAUUGAACAAAGAUAAGGCAAAACGUAACAAAAAAUAAUAACAAGUGAAAUAAAUCAAUAUAGUCAAAAAUAGCACAAUGGCCAACAUCAUUCAGAAUAUGCAGGAUAAAUAGGAAUAAUUAUACAUAAGCCUUAAAUAAGUCAUUGCAUGUCACCUUGGAACUGGAGGAAUCCUUGCACCUCAGCGGCAACUGACAGCGAUGAGUCGCCGCAAACACCAUCGCCCAUACGCAAGCUCGCGCAAAAUGGUGUCGCUGGAGCUGUUAAUCAGCGUGUAAAUGGGAGGCAGCAUGAGAGCUAUACCGGCACCGCUGAAAAUAUUUAUCCAAAUCCAAAUUUCAACACCACAAAAAAACAUACUACACCUGUGCUCUUCUCUACAAAUCGUGGCCUACAUUUGCGCGUUGCUAAACGCAAGUCUAAACCCUGGACUAGUACUGAAGCCUGUAUGUGUGGGGGCGCAGCUGGUCCUAGAUGUAACGCACUUAAUAUAAGCGGAUGUAGUUUUGCCAGUGGGUGCGGUAGUGGCACACGAUUACCCACUUCCUGUGCUUACGAAAUACAUUUCUGUGAUUUGGAGCGUUGGAGUACGAACCGCGCUAACACCAUUUCCCUGGAGGAUACUUUUAUAGUGUCAAGGCGCAAUAAUAGUAUGGAUAGUCACAAUGUGUCGUACGUAGAGAGAGAGAGUAAUGGGUUGAAUGGUAAAAACCAGCGCAGCGGCAGCAUUUUUUAUGUGCCUAGCGGAAGUCGACACGCGCUCGUAAUGCCGCGUAGAAGCCUGUAUCAGCGCAGUACAAGCAUACAAAGCACUUUUGAACGCUUCGGUGUGCAGUGAAGAGGUGUUGGGUAUUGGUAGAAUGCUACUCAACGUUCCCCUGACAAUCGGUUCCACGAUACCGGAACGAACCGGGUUCUAAGUCCGGCCAACGACUGUCAAUAUUUGCAAAAAACAGGAAUAAUUAUUACAAAUAUUUGUGUUAUCGAACACAACUUAACAUAUAGUAUCUCGUCUUCAUUCACACAGCAGAUGGGUGCAUUUUUUAAAUCGUACAUUAUCAAAUACGUUUUAACCGAAUUUUCUAUUUCUCUCAUUCAUUUUAGGAAAUAAAUUGUAAACAUUAUUAAAUUUUUUAUGAUUACCUAAUAAACUAUUA